CGUAGUUUUUGACGAACGCGGAGACAGUGUAAAACGUCAUGGCGGGUCUACUUUCGAGCUUAGUGAAGGAAACUCUCCCAAAUUAUCUCUCAAAUCUCCCAAUUCCCGAUACAUUUGGAGGAUGGUUUAGACUAGGAUUUAAAGAUUGGGCUUCUCUGGUGCCACCAACGGCUCUUCUUGCUGGGAUUGGGUACAUGUCGUACUUAGCAUUUUGCCCACAUGGACGUCCCCAGCCAAGUGGCCAGAGUAACCAAAAGAUCCGGAAGCAUGAAGCAAAGGUCGUAGAUACGAUUGACAUAGAGGAUAUUGCUGAGAAAGCAGCCUUCUGUCGGUGCUGGAAGUCCAACAAUUGGCCUUACUGCGAUGGGUCCCAUGGGACGCACAACAAAGAGACUGGCGAUAAUCUGGGACCUGUGGUUGUGCGGAAGAAAGGCAACUAAAAGCCCCCGAAGCUUCCAUUCUUAAACGAAUUUUUGGUUUUGGAUCGCCUCCCCCCCAAAAUAAGAUGCGGAAUGUAGUCGAAUAUAAUACACGAGUUUGUUAAUGCCGUCAACAUUUAGUUAAGUACUCAAUGCAAUUUAUCACAAAAUUCCUUUCAAAUAGCAUUCAAAAAUCAAUUUACCAGAAGAUAGUUGCGAUAAGCUCUGCCUUGUGAGCGCCCCAAAUUGUUUAAAAUACAAAAAAAUUAAAUUUUGUUUUGGGCCAAAAUUAUUGAUAUUACGGAGAUUGCAAUAAAAACAUUUUGCUUUUAAUAUUACGCAGUUCAUGUAGUUUUGUGCAUAUUAGUAUUUUUGGAAAGGAAGUUCUUGUUUUUUUUUGGGAAGAAAUAAAGUAAAAUUUAAAGAACUAA